AUGCCGGCCCCAAUUCCGCAACCACCUCACAAGGAUAACCUUGACGAAACAUGGACAUUCUUGGAGAAGGGCAUCGACAGCGUGAUGCUGAAGCUGGAGGAAGGUGUGGACAUGAAGACUUACAUGGCUCUGUAUACGGCGGUUCAUAACUUUUGUACAUCACAGAAGGCUGUCGGAACUGGUUCAGGAUUGCAAGCCCAUCGUGGAGCACACUUGCUCGGUGAGGAGCUAUACAAGCUACUCGGAGAGUAUCUUUCGCACCAUCUCGCAGCCGUCAACAGGGAGUCCGAGGGUCAUUCGGACGAGGCCUUGCUAGGAUUCUACAUACGCGAAUGGACCCGCUACACUACGGCCGCCAAGUACAUCAAUCACCUUUUCCGGUACCUGAACCGCCAUUGGGUCAAGCGUGAGAUCGACGAGGGCAAGAAAAAUGUCUACGACGUGUAUACUCUGCACCUGGUCAAAUGGAAGGAUGAUUUCUUCAUGAAGGUUCAUCAAAAGGUCAUGGAUGCCGUUUUGAACCUGGUAGAGAAACAGCGAAACGGUGAAACCAUUGAGCAGUCACAAAUCAAGAGCAUCGUCGACUCCUUCGUCUCCCUCGGCUUGGAUGAGAGUGACAGUACCAAAUCGACCCUCGAAGUCUACCGUUUCCAUUUCGAAAAGCCCUUCAUCGCCGCUACUAGGGUUUACUAUGAGAAUGAAUCCCGGCGAUUUGUGGCUGAAAACAGUGUGGUGGAAUACAUGAAGAAGGCGGAGGCCCGCCUGGACGAAGAGAAGGCCCGAGUUGGUCUUUACUUACACCCCGAUAUCUCGAAGCACCUCACCGAUACUUGCCUGGAUGUGCUGGUCACGGCCCACUCGGAGCUCCUCAGAGAUGAGUUCCAGGUUCUUCUGGACAACGAACGUCAAGAUGAUCUCGCUCGGAUGUAUCGACUCCUUUCCCGCAUUAAAGAUGGGCUGGAUCCUCUGCGGGCAAAGUUUGAGAUUCAUGUCAGAAAGGCCGGUCUGGCAGCAGUGGAGAAGGUGGCUACGGAAGGUGAGGCCUUCGAGCCUAAGAUGUACGUGAAUGCGCUAUUACAAGUGCACACCCGGUAUCAAAGCCUUGUCAACGAAGCGUUCAAUGGCGAGUCCGAGUUCGUUCGGUCGCUGGAUAACGCCUGCCGCGAGUUUGUCAACCGCAACAAAAUUUGCUCAUCCAGCUCCACAAAGUCACCCGAGUUGUUGGCGAAGUACACCGAUUCCCUGUUGAAGAAGGGAUCAAAGGCUGCGGAAGAGUCCGAGUUGGAGGAAAUGCUGGUGCAAAUUAUGACGGUCUUCAAGUACAUCGAAGACAAGGAUGUUUUCCAAAAGUUCUAUUCGAAGAUGCUCGCUAAACGGCUGGUACACGUCAGUUCGGUAUCCGAUGACGCGGAAACCAGUAUGAUCAGCAAGCUCAAGGAGGCCAGUGGUUUCGAAUACACAAACAAGCUGCAGCGCAUGUUCCAGGAUAUUCAAAUUUCGAAGGAUCUCAACGCGAGCUACAAGGACUGGCAAGAAAAGGUUCUCGACGACGACGAUCGGAAGAAACUGGUUGAUACCAAUUUCCAGAUUCUGGGAACCGGUUUCUGGCCUCUUCAAGCGCCCUCUACUGAUUUCCUUGCUCCUCCAGAGAUUGUCAAGACUGCUGAGCGGUUUCAGAACUUCUACUUCGACAAGCAUAAUGGUCGGAAAUUGACCUGGCUCUGGCAGCUCUGCAAGGGUGAAAUCAAAGCCAAUUACAUCAAAAAUACGAAAGUGCCUUAUACCUUCCAAGUUUCGACCUUCCAGAUGGGUAUUCUUCUUCUUUUCAACGAGACUGACACCCUCGAAUACUCUGAUAUUCAAAAGGCUACUUCCCUCGCUCCGGAAAUCCUUGAACCAAACUUGGGCAUUCUCCUGAAAGCGAAGGUGCUCACCAUCAGCCCUGAAGGAUCUAAGCCAGGACCUGGUACCUCGUUCUCUUUGAACUACAACUUCAAGAACAAGAAGAUCAAGGUCAACUUGAACAUUCAAAUCAAGUCUGAGCAGAAGGUCGAAUCGGAUGAAACCCACAAGACGAUAGAGGAGGACCGCAAGCUACUGCUUCAGUCGGCGAUUGUUCGCAUUAUGAAGUCGCGCAAGAAGAUGAAGCAUGUGCAGCUUGUCCAAGAGGUGAUUCAGCAGGUCAAAUCUCGGUUCCCUCCCAAGGUGCCUGACAUCAAAAAGAACAUCGAACUUCUUAUGGAGAAGGACUAUAUAGAGCGAUUGGACGGUGAUGAAAUCGCUUACAUUGCAUGA